GUUUACAUGGGUCAUUACAAAAGUUUUUAAGAAAUGUAAAAUCCAUAUGGACAGAAGCAAAUGAAGCCCUCCCAGUAACACUGAUAAGAUGGGUGGGACCAGCUGCCCCAUUACAAUAAAAGUAAAUAGAUUUAACCCAAUUAUAAAUGGAAUGAAAAAGAUGUGCUCUGUCCUUGAGGAUUGCAGAGGGUGGUGACUGACUGGAGAGCUCAGGUGCAGUGAAGAGAAGUGUCAGAGCAUGAGCUCCAAGUCCAAAACCGUAGGGAUUAUCGGCGCUCCCUUCUCUAAGGGACAGCCACGAGGUGGGGUGGAAGAAGGCCCUGCAGCGUUGCGGAAGGCUGGUCUGCUUGGGAAACUUAAAGAACAAGGGUGUAAUGUAAGAGAUUAUGGGGACCUGGUCUUUGAUGACAUCCCAGAUGACAGUCCGUUUGGAAUUGUGAAGAAUCCUCGGUCCGUGGGAAGAGCAGACGAGCAGCUGGCCGGCAAGGUGGCAGAGGUCAAACGGAGUGGAAGGGUCAGCCUGGUGCUGGGCGGAGACCACAGUCUGGCUAUCGGAAGCAUCUCUGGCCAUGCCAGGGUCCACCCGGAUCUCGAGGUCAUUUGGGUCGAUGCUCAUGCUGAUAUUAACACUCCGCUGACAACCACAAGUGGGAACUUGCACGGACAGCCUGUGUCUUUCCUCCUGAAGGAACUAAACGGAAAGUUCCCUGAUGUGCCAGGAUUCUCCUGGGCGACUCCCUGCGUAUCUGCCAAGGAUAUUGUGUAUAUUGGCUUGAGAGAUCUGAACCCUGCAGAACACUAUAUUGUGAAAACUCUAGGUAUGAAAUACUUUUCAAUGACUGAGGUGGAUAAAUUGGGAAUUGGCAGGGUGAUGGAGGAAACACUCAGCUAUCUACUAGACAGAAAGAAAAGGCCAAUUCAUCUGAGUUUUGAUGUCGAUGCACUGGACCCGUCUUUAACACCAGCUACUGGUGCACCGGUCCUCGGAGGUCUGUCUUACAGAGAAGGUCUCUAUAUUGCAGAAGAAGUUUACAAAACAGGGCUACUCUCAGGAUUAGAUAUAAUGGAAGUGAACCCAUCUCUGGGGAAGACGCCAGAAGAAGUAACUUCAACAGUGAACACAGCAGUAGCAGUAACCUUGGCUUGUUUUGGAGUUGCUCGUGAGGGUAAUCAUGAACCUAUUGACUACCUUAACCUAACUGUGUAAAUGUAGAAUAAGGCUAUGGUUAUCCUCCUAGAGAUACAUUCUUUCAGAAAAAUGUUUUUCUAAUAGUAUUAAUUCUACCGAUUUCCUCUUAGUGUGAAAUUCAAG